AUGUCCAACCUGCAGAGCUUCACGCCAGUCGAGUACUUCCAAGGCCUCUCUAAGGCCCACAAUGGCGAAAGACAUAACACCAUCUUCUUGAUCUGCAAUCCGACAGGAAAAGCCGUCUUCAGCGCCGUGCUUCCGUCUUCCGACCUGGGAACACUCCAUAAUCUCUGCUUCUCACAAGUCUCAAGCACUUACUCCGACGAGAAGAUACGCGAUAUCGUACAGCAAAUCUUGAAUCUCUGGACCGGUACGGAUUUAUCCGUGGUAUAUACUGAGCCUCUGCGCUUAGCCAAGGAGGAAGCCCUUGUAGAAUCAAACAUUGUCCAGACCAGAAGUCUUUUGGCGUAUGGACUGAGAGAAGGGUUCUCGAGAUUUGGCAUUGUCGAGGGACUUCGAGGCAUUGGUGUUAGGUGGUAG